CUUGCCCUGCGAUAACUGUGCGAUUUAACUGUGUAGUACGCUUGCUCGCUUGCGAGCCGCCUCAUGACCCGUACGGCCCGAUGGCGCUGUUGAUGGAACACCAUUACUGGGCGACGAUGUGUGCACUAUAAGACGAUCUAUUUGACGAGGGUAUUGACCUCUAAGCCACGUAAAUUGGCUUGGCCUUGUGUUCUGUGAUUGCCGAAGGCUCACUUGCUCAUGGCAACCUGACACGCUCUGCAUCGUUCCCUAUUCAGUUUAGAAAUCAAAGCCUCGAGGCGUAUAAAUUUUAAUCCUUCGCCGUUUGCUCCUUGGAAAGAACCAGGAACCACCCAGGAACCAGCGAUGCCGUACGGGUAUCUGUAAAAUGGAAACCUGAUGGUCCCUUAGCCACACAAAGCGCUGGCAUGCCGAUCCUAAUCGCCAGCUUUUAGUUUUUCUUUUCAUCGUCAAAUAUGCUUCAACUCACAAAUGCCAGUGCGCGGUGUGGCCUGCGGCAAUCAACAAAAAGCUCUUGGAGCGUGCCAGUAUUUAUAGGGAGAUCUAGAGGUAUUGGCGGUCGCCCUGUUGCUGGAUUCAUCCCUUCUGCUCAGCCGGAACAACGGUCAUCUCCUAAGCCGGUAACCGAGGACGAGGAGCUUCCACCAUGGAUUCGCCGGGAGAAAGAGCGCGAGCUUCAAGCCCAGCAGGGCAGCUCGGGGCUCCCGUGGCCGCUAUACCUCCUCUUCUCAAUAUUCACAGCAAUCGCAGCCGUGGGAUCGAUUUUUGAGUUCGUUGACCGGAACCCCGUCUUUGGUGUCUUGCCUCCCGACAACCCCUUGUGGGCACCAAUCCUACUUUUCUUCGCGGUGACCGGCUUCCCAACCGCCGGCUUCCUCUUCAUCAAGGGCGUCAACGGCUUUAACGAAGAUGCGGAACGGCAGGACAAGCUCGAUGGCUACCUGUGA